AUGACGGGCCACCAUCCGCCAGGCGUGGCGUACCAAGGUAACUCACCACUCCAAUCCGCUCCCCCACCACCGCGCGGCAUGGCCUUGGACCACUUGGUCUCCCAUCGUCUCCUGUGGUCUCCUAUGGUCGACAGGGACCGCAAGAGCAUGCAGAACGUGGCUGAAAGGGCGGGUCCCCGACACCCAUCUUCUUCAGGAAAACGGUGCAGCGCGGCGCAGGCACCAGAUGCUGUGCAACCUGGUGGCAGAGACAACGGCGAAGCCUUCCCCGCCGCCUCUGCCUCGUCCCAUCGAGCCUUCUGGCCAAGAUCCAUCGAGCUAUCAAGCAGCUUCGGGAAGCUCUUCAACGACCCAGCCGACCACCCAAUGGAGAGAGCCGUCUUGGCUCGAGUAGAGUCCAGAUUCAGUUCGAUUACCAACUUGCCGAUGGAUGGAGCAAUUUCAGUCAAGACCCAGAAAUCAAGCCGCAAAAUAAAACUGUCUAACGGUUUCGUAGACAUGUUUGCUCGUUAUGCGUGGAAAUUGUCAGGAUUCGAGGGUUGUUUGCUUCCUUUGCUGGGCUGGCUUGCGUGGUUGUUUGUUACCAAAUAUUUGUUGGUGGCUGCGAACCCGGCAAUCUGGAUUUUCGACCAGGGUACCCCGUGUUUGCGCCGCAGUGUACCAGACGAGAUGGGAGCCCCCAAGCACGAUGACCAGCUAAAACGAGAGGGGAGGCAUCCCGCACCACCCGGGCGAAGCACACCUGCAGCUGGACUUCUGUGCCUCCUUUUGCCUCGCUCGGUGAAGCUCGGAGUCAGCGCCGGGGGCAACCAGGGCCGAAGUUGA